UUUUUUUUUGCUUCUUUAUCUUUCCACAUCUUUGAUUUCGUUUGAGAGUAAUUUCAAUGGCUAUUGCUUUGUUUUCUUAUCUCUUCCUUUUUUUUUUGUCUGCAUUGUUUCUUUCGGGUCAUGGAAAUAUUAGUAGUAGCAAAAGUGUAGAUAUUGUUGCAUUGCUGGUUUGUUUUGUUUUGGGAUUUUGAUUCUUUAAAUCCAAGAAAAAAAAAAGAUGAAUACAAGAGUCCGCACCACUCUUCAGUCCAUGAAAGCUCCUUUAAAUCAUGACAGACACCACAAUAAAAAGGAGAAGAUGGAGAAGUGUCAGGGAAGUAGAACACUUGGUACCAGCAAAGCUGUAACAAAUAGGAGAAGAUCAAUCAGGGAAAAGAAAAUAGCCUUAUUACAAGAUGUUGAUAAGCUAAAAAGGAAGCUUAGACAUGAAGAGAAUGUGCAUAGAGCUUUGGAGAGAGCUUUUACUAGGCCUUUAGGGGCACUUCCUCGGCUUCCUCCUUACUUACCUCCAUAUACAUUAGAGCUCCUUGCUGAAGUAGCUGUUUUGGAAGAGGAGGUUGUUAGGCUUGAAGAGCAAGUAGUGAGUUUUAGGCAAGGUCUUUAUCAAGAGGCUGUCUAUGCAUCUUCCAAGAGGAAUGUAGAGAAUUUGAAUGAAUCCACUGUUGAGCAGUCUCCGGUUCGAAGUUCAAAACACCAGCGAUCGAAGUCUUUGUCUGUAAACGAGAUGAGUUUGGUACCAACCAUUGCCAGGUCUCAGCCAUCUCUUUCCAGAAGUGUUUCAAGCAGAAAGAUGUUGCCUCCGGAUACUAUUUACGAUCGAGCUGGACAGUGCUUUAUCAGGCCAACAAAUGGUAAACAAGCUUCCACAAAAUUCAAUUCUGCUUCCGGAGACGUAAGAGGAAAAGAAAACCAAUCAUUUGCCAAUGCUGUAAAGGAUAAACAAUCUCCAGACAAGAAAGUAUCCAACAUUGUGACCCCAGUAAAGAGACUUCCAACCAAGCUUGACUCAGCAGACAAAUAUCUGGAUCCUCUGAAGGUGCAGCUAGAUGGUAGAUUAGUAAAGCAAGAAAAUGCACAAGCAAGCCCUUCUAGUUCUACAGAUGAUAAGGUAUCAGAAGUUGAUAGUGCACCAAACAAAAUUUCUGAAGACAUCGUAAGGUGCUUGUUUAGAAUUUUUGCAAGGUUGAGCACCUUGAAAGAUAAAGCUGCGGAAUCCGGGACUUUACCUAGAGAAAGUGAGGUCCGAGACCCUUAUGGUAUCUGUUCAGAUUUGAAAACUAGAGAUAUUGGACCCUAUCAACAUCUUUGUGCAAUUGAAGUGAAUACAAUUAACCUAAACCGGAGUACAAAUGCUUUGUUUCUGAUCCAUAAACUAAAGUUUCUUCUUGGGAAGCUCGCGUCUGUCAAUUUAGAGGGUCUCAGCCAUCAGCAGAAGCUUGCAUUCUGGAUUAACACUUAUAAUUCCUGUAUGAUGAAUGCAAUUUUGGAGCAUGGGGUUCCUGAGUUGCCUGAAAGAGUUGUAGCACUAAUGCAAAAGGCUACAAUAGUUGUGGGAGGCCACUUACUAAAUGCAAUAACAAUUGAGCAUUUCAUAUUAAGGCUGCCUUUCCAUUUGAAAUUUACCUGUCCUAAAGCUACAAAAAAUGAUGAGGUGAAAGCACGCAAUAUAUUUGGUCUCGAAUGGUCCGAACCUUUGGUUACAUUUGCUCUUGCAUGUGGAAGCUGGUCAUCUCCUGCUGUGAGAGUAUACACGGCGGCUCAUGUCGAAGAAGAGUUGGAAACAGCUAAGAGAGACUACCUGCAGGCAGCGGUGGGGAUUUCAAGAACAAACAAGUUAACAAUACCAAAGCUAUUGGAUUGGUAUCUGCUUGACUUUGCAAAGGAUUUGGAAUCAUUGCUGGAUUGGGUUUGCCUGCAGCUACCAAAUGAUGUGAGAAAUGAAGCAGUGAAAUGCUUAGAGAGAAAUGGGAAAGAGACCCUUUCACAGCUUGUGCAAGUAAUGCCUUACGAUUUCAGUUUCAGACUGCUUUUACAGCGGUGAGAACUAUAUUUCGCAACCGAUGCUUUUAUCAGCAAAGUGUUCAGGAAUUUGGGGUUGGUGAGAUAUUUAUACUGAACUACUAAUAUUAAAACUAGACACAGUUAGGAGUACAUAUGGAAUCUAGCAUCUGUAAAGUAAAAAGAAAAAUGAAGGGAGAUGAAUAACUGGUUUUAUUACUUGGCAAACAUUGACUUUGGGCUGUGGUGAUUGGUUCAUUGAAAUUAAUUUUUCAGAUUAUUUAUGUUGCA